GUUUAAAAGAGGAAUUUUUUAUUGUUGCCUGUAGCAUCCAAUCUAUCUGCUUAUUUGUGUUCUUAUUACUAAGAGGUACUAGUACAGUAAAUAAAAAACUGCUUUAAAAGUUCUCCAAUAAACGUUCUACCACCAAGUUCUGCUAACAAUCCAAAACCUGACAUCAAAAUUUGGGGGAUUUCGAUGAACAGUCGUUAUUACUGAAGCUCAGUUAAAACGAAAAAAAAAAAAGAAAAGAAAAAGUAGAGUUAAAAGAGUGAUUUAUGUGAGCAUGUACACAUAAAUCCAUCUGCGGCCUUUUUCAACUCCGCCGCCCACCCUUACGAUCCUUUUAAUUUUGAGUAUGAUAUAUGUUCACUAUGUAAAACAAACAGCUGCGUGUCCAUCAACUGAAAAUGGUCGCGUGAGCAGCCAAUAAAGACUCUAAUUGGCUAAAACCAAAAUAGUGUUAAGAAAUCAUUUAUAAUAUAUUGCCAACACACCAAACUAUUUGUCACUGUCAUUGUCAUCCAAUUCAUUUGAACAGUCGUAACCCUUGCUUGGGGUGAGAACCUAAGAGCUGUGAGGUGAAAUGAUAGAGAUGGAGCGCACGUUUAGCAACGAAACACACAACACAACUUCAGUGAGUGGAAGUAGCCCGCCACCGCCACCAGUGUUUCCAGAGUACCUCCAUCAGCCACUGGGGGCCACUGUGUUCCAAGUCACUCUGUGGUCAACUGUGGUAUUCCUAGGAGUUAUUGGCAACCUCCUGGUGUGCACUGUAAUUCUCAGACGCCCCAGGAUGAAGACGACGAUGAAUUAUUACUUGCUAAGCUUGGCCGUUGCAGACUUAGGAGUUUUGAUAUUAAUCUAUCCUGUGGCUGUGCUAAAAUACCUCAGUCCAUUUCGAUGGGUGUUGGGAAAGCCGGCGUGCUUGUUCAUGGUUCCUACACAGGAGAUCUUCUUUGGAUCCUCCAUCUGGUCCAUUACAGCAAUUGCCAUCGAGAGAUACCAGAAUAUAAUUGGCUCUAGACGAUACCGGAUAAAGCACAGGUCUCGGAUAACGACCUGGUUGGUUAUCAUGGGCAUCUGGUUGGCCUCAUUCUUAGUAUCAUGCGUUCCUCUAUAUACCGUUAUUACCUAUGAGCCCUCGAUUCCAUUGUGCUACCCCGACUGGCCAGACUUCUACGGAGGAAAUGCUGUGUUUCUGUCUUAUUCAGUGGCUCUUAUUGUGGUUUGGUAUGUCCUUCCUCUAGCUGUUAUCGCUCUCACGUACAAAAAGAUCAAGAAUCGCAUUCAUCGUAGCGUUGUGUUCCGACAGUCGAUGUCAGCUGGCGAUGAAAACGAAGAAACUCUCUCGUCGCAGGCUGAACAAAACAACAACAGAUCUCGGAAAAGAAUAUGGCGACAAAGUAACAAAACAAGACAGAUUCUUACGCCACUGGUUGUAUUAUUUGCCGUGACAAUGUUCCCGCUGACCGCCUUUCGAAUCUUAGUGCUCAUCAAGCCCAAUGUUUGGGCCAGCCCUUACUAUAACCUGUUGAUGGGCCAAAUAACAUUAUUCGUUGUGGUCAACUCCUCUGCUAAUCCGCUUGUGUAUUAUAUCACAAGUAAAGAGUUCAAAGAGGCAUUUAGGGAGUUAUUCAAAAAAAAGCGUUCCUGGUUGUGGAGACGGUUCAGUGACAGAGGAGGUAAAGCUUCGUCCAUCUCGAGAACGACAGGUGUUUAGGAACAAAAUAAAGAAGCUUAAGCUGAUCAAACGCAACAGCAAAUAACACAGUGCCAAAAUUGACCCUGCCUACAGUUUACUCGUUGUCUGAAGAAAACAGUUUAUUUCCGAUUCAAGUAGGUGAAAAAAGUAGUUAUCAAAGUAAAAUAGUCAAUGGACAGGCCCUUUCAGAUCAGGGAAGGUGUUUUGAUAUGAACUUGCGUGUGCCAAUAGGAAAAAACCCGUCUAUUUUUAAUUAAGGCAGUGGGAUAUCGCUUCGCGAUUCGUGCGAUAUCCAGUGGUUUUCACUUGCAAUCUAACGCGGAAUUCACGAGUCCAGUAAUUAAUUUUCCUAUAGAGUUCCUGCAAACAUAAGUAAGCAGUAUCUGCAAACGUUUACGUGCAAGACUCUUAGAUGAACCACCCUCAGCUCUUUUAAGAUUGCAAAUCUCAUGACAACACAAGAGAUAUGGCUAUAGGACUACUAUUACGAUGCUCUCAGCUCCUCCUUAAUAGAAAUAUUCAUAACCAUAGCCUGAUGAAACAACAUUUGAACAAAUAAAAGAAAUUCACCCAG